CCCCUCUUGACUCAUUUUGGAUAGCCUCAAUUCUUGCGCCAGAGUUCAACGAAGCAUGUCACAUGAUGGGUGUAGAAUCAACUUCCUUGCAAGAGCGCCUUGAGCGAUGGGCUCAACGGCUACAAAGUCUCACCGUUUCUCCUCUUACCAGGGACUAUCCCGAUAACCAGCAGCCCGAGCAGGCCAUUCCAGUCAUUGAGGCCUUCGAAUCCUACAAACUCCCUCAGGAUGCGCAAUUGGCUUUGCAGAAGAUCUCUGGGUCUUCCUCAUCUGGGUUCACUGCAUUCCUGACCGCAUAUGUUGUGCUUGUUGCUCGUUUGACUGGUGACGAAGAUAUUGCCAUCGGAACCAACUCGAGUGAAGACGGUCGUCCAUUCGUCCUUCGAGUCUCAAUUGAUUCUUCGGAUACUUUCCUCGGGCUCUACAACAAGGUGGAAAAGGCUUACACCGAAGGCGCUGCCGCCAUCGUACCCUUAGGCAACCUCCGCAACUACGUCCAAGAGAAGUCCAACUCUGAACGACCGCCAAUUUUCUUCCGCUUUGCUGCCUACGAAGCCCCUGCGACCUCCCAAGACCACCCGGCGAAUACUUUUGAGACGACCGACUUGGUGCUCAACCUUGCUCCGGGCAAUGCCUCCGGGGAGACGGAACUGGGCGCAUACUACAACCAACGUCUGGUCUCGAGUGCUAGGGUUGCUACAAUUCUCAGACAGCUUUCACAGCUUGUUGCCAACGCUACUGCUGACCCCGAACAAGCCAUUGGUCGCAUUGAUUUCAUGACCCAAGAGCAACGCGCGCUUCUUCCGGAUCCUACCGCAAAUCUAAAUUGGUCUAAAUUCCGUGGAGCCAUCCAUGACAUCUUCGCCGAGAAUGCUGAGAAGCAUCCGGAGAGACCAUGUGUGGUCGAGACCAAAUCCGACAGCUCCCCUCACCGCGAGUUCACCUACCGGCAAAUCAAUGAGGCAUCGAACAUCCUGGCGCAUCACCUCGUGCAGUCGGGUAUCCAACGGGGAGAGGUUGUCAUGGCCUAUGCGUACCGUGGGGUCGAUCUCGUGGUGGCCGUGAUGGGUAUCCUCAAGGCCGGUGCGACUUUCUCCGUCAUCGACCCUGCUUAUCCGCCCGAGAGACAGAACAUCUAUCUUGAUGUCGCUCGGCCUCGGGCACUUGUCGUUAUUGAGAAGGCUACCCGGGACGCUGGUGAGCUGUCAGAGACGGUUCGCACAUUCAUCCGCGAAAACCUGGAACUUCGGACGGAAGUGCCUGCACUGUCUCUCCGCGAUGAUGGUUCGCUCCUGGGAGGUUCGGUAGGUGGCAAAGACGUCUUCGCUGACCAGGUGUCUUUGAAAUCCAAGCCUGUCGGCGUCGUUGUGGGGCCAGACUCUAUUCCUACUCUUUCGUUCACCUCCGGCUCUGAGGGAAGACCCAAGGGUGUCCGGGGUCGUCACUUCUCCUUGGCCUAUUACUUCCCAUGGAUGGCCGAAAACUUUAACCUUUCAAACAAUGACAAGUUCACCAUGCUCAGUGGUAUUGCGCACGACCCUAUCCAGAGAGAUAUCUUCACGCCUUUGUUCUUGGGGGCUCAAUUACUUGUGCCGGCGCGUGAGGACAUUCAGAAUGAGAGACUCGCUGAAUGGAUGCGAGACUACGGAGCCACUGUCACUCACCUAACUCCCGCCAUGGGUCAGAUUUUGGUCGGCGGUGCUUCCGCACAGUUCCCUGCUCUCCACCACGCUUUCUUUGUCGGGGAUAUUUUGAUUAAGAGAGAUUGCCGGUCGCUGCAGGCAUUGGCACCUAAUGUUAACAUUCUUAACAUGUACGGGACCACUGAAACCCAGCGUGCUGUCAGCUACUACGAGAUCCCCAGUUUCUCGAAGCAAGAGGGCUUCCUGGACGCGAUGAAAGAUGUUAUUCCGGCUGGUCGUGGUAUGCUUGAUGUGCAGAUGCUGGUUGUCAACCGCUUUGAACCUAGCCGUCUUUGUGCAAUUGGCGAGGUUGGUGAAAUCUACGUCCGCGCGGCGGGUCUGGCCGAAGGAUACUUAGGCUCUCCCGAACUGAACGAGAAGAAGUUCAUCAAGAACUGGUUCGUGGAUCCUCAGGUGUGGGCCGAGAAAGAGAAGACCGAGGGCCAAGGCGCGAACGAGCCGUGGAGAGAGUUCUACGUUGGCGCGAGAGACCGUUUGUACCGCAGUGGAGACCUUGGCAGAUACACUCCCACAGGAGAUGUUGAAUGUUCCGGUCGUGCUGAUGACCAGGUGAAGAUCCGUGGUUUCCGUAUUGAACUUGGAGAGAUCAACACGCACCUUUCGCGCCACCCAUUGGUGAGAGAGAAUGUCACCUUAGUGCGGAGAGACAAGUUCGAGGAGCCUACAUUGGUCAGCUACUUCGUGCCUGAGAUGAACAAGUGGGCGUCCUGGUUGGAGAGUAAGGGUCUCAAUGAUGAUGAGUCCGCCGAAGGAAUGGUGGGCAUGCUGAGACGCUUCCGUCCCCUUCGUGACGAUGCUCGGGAGCACCUGCGCAGCAAACUCCCUGCGUACGCCGUCCCGGCCGUCUUCAUUCCUCUGCGACGUAUGCCGCUGAACCCCAACGGGAAGGUCGACAAGCCUGCCCUGCCCUUCCCUGACACUGCAGAGCUUAGCGCUGCGGCCCCGCGUCGCAGGUCGUCUGUAUUGCAAGCCCUUUCUGAGACUGAACAGGCACUUGCUCAGAUCUGGGCCUCGCGGAUCCCCAACGUCAGCGCUAAAAUGAUUGGACCUGACGACUCGUUCUUCGACUUGGGAGGCCACAGUAUCCUGGCUCAGCAGAUGUUCUUUGAUCUCCGCCGCAAGUGGCGCGGAAUCAACUUCAACAUGAGCGCGAUCUUCCGUAGCCCCACACUCCGGGGGUUUGCUGCUGAGAUCGACCGUCUCGUAAAUUUUGAACAGUUCGCCAGCAACGAUGACAAAGACGCCGCAGGUGCGGCCUCUGGAGCCUCCAACGAGCCCGACGAUGUGUACUCGAAGGAUGCCAAAGCCCUGGUCGACUCUCUGCCCGCUUCGUUCCCUGAACGUACCGAGUCCAUUCUCGCCAGCGAACCGACCAUCUUCCUUACUGGUGCCACCGGUUUCCUGGGUGCGCACAUCCUCCGCGACCUUCUCACCCGCAAGUCCCCUGAGGCUCGUGUUGUGACUCUUGUCCGCAGCAAGUCCGAGGACCAAGCCCUGGAACGUAUCCGCUCCACCUGCCGCGCCUACGGCUUCUGGGACGACGCCUGGACCAGCAGACUACAGUGCGUCUGCGGUGAUCUUGGCAAACCGCAGUUCGGCCUUUCUGAGUCGCUGUGGGAAGACCUCACCAACCGUCUGGAUGCCGUAAUUCACAACGGAGCGCUCGUUCACUGGGUAUAUCCUUAUUCGACUCUCAAGCCGGCUAACGUCCUGGGAACGAUCGAUGCGUUGAAGCUCUGCGGUAGCGGAAAGGCCAAGCAGUUCUCCUUCGUCAGUUCGACCAGUACCCUGGACACGGAACAUUACGUGCAGGAGUCUGAGAAUGCCCUGGCUGCUGGCAAGGCCGGUAUCAGCGAGGAAGAUGAUCUCGAAGGUAGCGCCGUCGGUCUUGGAACCGGCUACGGUCAGAGCAAGUGGGCUGGCGAAUACCUUGUCCGCGAGGCUGGUCGUAGAGGACUGAAGGGAACCAUCGUCCGUCCCGGUUAUGUCCUGGGUGAUUCUACCACUGGAACCACCAACACCGACGACUUCCUCAUCCGCAUGCUCAAGGGCUGCAUCCAGCUCAAUGCCCGCCCUAACAUCAACAACACCGUCAACAUGGUCCCCGUCGACCAUGUCGCCCGCGUCGUUAUCGCCUCGGCCUUCCAACCUCCACGCACGCCUAUCAGCGUCGCCCAAGUCACCGGACACCCGCGUCUGCGGUUCAACCAGUUCCUUGGCGCGCUGCAGCUGUAUGGGUACAACGUGCCGCAGGUGGAUUACGUGCCGUGGUCUUUGGCUCUGGAGGGAUAUGUGAAUGAUGGACAGCAUGAUGAUCCAGGAUCGCAGCAUGCACUGAUGCCACUCUACCACUUCGUAACCUCCGACCUCCCCUCCAACACCAAAGCCCCCGAACUCGACGACGCCAACGCGGCAGCCGCCCUCCGCGCCGACGCAGCCUGGUCCGGCAUCGACGCCUCUGCAGGUGCAGGGGUGACCGAGGAAUUGGUCGGUUUGUACGCGUCGUAUCUGACAAAGGUCGGGUUCUUGCCGGAGCCUACUACUGUCACUGCUGAGACGAGGCCAUUGCCCGAGGCGAAGCUUAGUGAGGAUCAGAAGAAUGCAUUGGUGAAUGUCGGUGGUCGUGGGGGCGCUUCGUAGGGAGUACAGUAUAGUACGAGGGAGUGAUAUUAGCGCUCUUCGUGGUUAUUGGAUAUCGUGGU